CUUAUUAAAGAGACAGGGCAGGAUUGCGCGAACUCCGUGUCAUUCAAUUAUUUCCUGAGUCCAGUCAAGCGAUCUCUACUUCUUUGCAAAAACAGCAACAGUGUUGUUAGCAUUCAGGACCGACCGCUAGCUCAGAUAAUCAGUGUUAGAUUAGUUAAAGGUUUGUUUAUUGCGAUGGCAGAUGAAAAGACAGCAGCCGGGGACCGCGUAUAGCCGAUGCAUCAUCAUCAAAUCCAGUCCAAUCUCAAAUCUGACUGGCCCUCGACUUGCAACUCGGAAAAUACUAAAGCCAGCUGGAAUAACACAAUGGACGCUCCUCAGUAUCCAGGCUACCCCUCACACUACUGGUAUCCUCAGUCUCAUUCCACUGGGCAUUAUGCAAACACCUAUCCCUCUGGAUCAGAAGUUCAGCCACAGUACAAUCCACAGGUAAUGCCUGGAGGAUAUCCUAGUGGUCAUGGUGUCUACAACCCCCCUCAGAGUCAGUAUUCAACAAGUGGUUUUCACCCGUCCAACCCUUUCUACUGUGCUGACCCUCAGAGACCAGCGCCUGGUCCUUAUCCAAACCAGGGCUGUCCAGCAGAACAGAGCAGUGGGCCCUCUGGGCAGCCACACUCCCAGCACCAACAUCAUCACUAUCCAGGGCCACACUGCCAAGGGGGUCCUGGAUAUCCUCCUGGGUCUUACCCUCAUUAUGGUGAAGGUGGUCAUGCAAUGCCCCCAAACCCCCCCUACCCCACUGGCCAGUCCCUUCAUCCCAGCCCCCAGCCCGAGGCUUGGGCGCACUCUGGUCCAUAUGGAUCUUCACAGCAGCAGUGGCAGCCGGGUCAGCAGCCUCCACAAAACCAUUAUGGGAAUCCUGUCCGUCCACCACACCCCCCGGCAUGGCCAGGUACUGGAACUGGUGCUCCACCACCGUACCAGCCCAAGGACCAACAACACCAACGACCACCACAACCGGGACCUAAACCCAGACCAACCCCAUCUCCAAAUCCACCCAACAGCAAACCUGCUGAAAUAAGUUCACCUCCUCAAAUGUACAACAAAUCGAGUAGAGGUGAGCCAAAUCCUUCACAAGGUGAGCCCCCGCCCUCAAUCCCAGGCCAAGCUCCAGCUCCUGGCCAAGCUGGACCCCAGGCCCUGAGUGACAACCCCAGCCUUGCCAAGGUCCAACAGGUCAUGGCCCGAGUGCUGCUGCUUCAGGAGGAUGUUGAUGAGUUUGUUGGCAAAAAAACAGACAAAAGUUACCGGUGUCUGGAGGAACUGCUGACCAAAGAGCUGCUAGAGCUGGACUCUGUGGAGACUCAGGGACAGGAGAUUGUGCGGCAAGCUCGAAAAGAGGCCGUACAGAGGAUCCAGGCCAUUCUGGACCAGCUGGAGAGGAAGGCAUUCUGAACCGAACUUAAUAACUGAGCGUGGGUCAUUAAGCUUAGCUGUUUCCUUCUUUUAAAUCUUCCAUGGGAAAAUGAGGGUUUAGACUGUUCCUCAGAGCUGUGUUAUCCUUCAUCUUCGCCUAUCACAGUGGAUAUAAAUGGCUGAAGUAAAUGUUAACCACCCUAGACUUUGUGGGAGAAACUGCUGGAACUGAAUCAAUAAUUAAAGGGUAAUACACUAAGUGAUGAGAUGGUAUUAGAUGUGCAAACUGACGGUGUGCACAUCUAAUGCCAUUAUAACUGACUCAGCCUCAGUGAGUGACUGUGCUGGCUACACAACCUGACACUUUUGCUCAGCUUAUCCUUUAUGCCAUGCCUUUGUCAGCAUAAUGUAGGGCAGAGUCACUGGAAGAGGAGUUUAUUUAAUGUCAUGUUGCAGCUGUCGGUGGUCCCUAGACCUGUGAUACAGAUUCAAAAUAUCAUACUGUCCCCUCAGGAUUGUGGGUCAGUUUUUUUCUGACCUUACAUCUUAUAACAUGCACUUCCUAAGCCGUCUAAUGCUACAUUUUUACAUCUGUUUGCAUGAGAUUGUUAAUUAUAUCACUUCCUGUUCUCCAGUUAUUGACAGCUGAUGAGACAAUACAUGUAGCUGCCCAUUGACAGUACCUUCUCAUAAGUAGGUGUAAUGCUUUCCUUUUCACUCGUGCUCCCAGCCCUGCAUGGACUCUAAAAUAAUGUCAGAGACGAACCAAAUAUGGCCAUGACAUCUGCAAGCUCAUAAUUGGGCCUAGAGCGCUGUUGAUUAGUGAAGACUCCCUAAAGAUAGCUGUCCCCGUUUUUCUAUAUGGCAGUGCAGAUCUAGACUGGAUCAUACCUCCAAAGAAUGCCGUGAACUACUGUUAUUACAGAACAUUUUUGAAGCUUUUGAAAUGUUCAUUUAUCUCCUCCUUGUAUGAACACUUAUAAUCAACAGUCUGGUUUAUAUGAAAAAAAAGAUGAUUAACAUUCAGUAUUUUCUAGUUUCUCUGUGAGGGAGGCUUUGGUCACAGGCUUUUCUGUUUCCCAAAGUGCUCAUAUCCUUGUUGUAUUAAACCCAGGUUGCACCACAAUCCAAGUCUUUAGGCUUGUGUAAACCAAGUCUACCUUUCAAUCUUUCUUGAUGUGUAAAAUCAUGAAGAGUGCCAUAUUUCUGGGGAUAGUUUUAUAUGAUUAUGAAAAAUAAUAAAAAAUAAGAUCACAACCUUUGCAUGGAAAAUAAUCAUCUGUCAUAUGUGUUCUCUUUCUUGUGCUAUUCAGUUUCUGUUUAAAAACAGCACAACUGUACAGUUUCAGAUGUAAUGCAUGUUUCCAACACAAGUUGGGGAAUCUGCCUGAUACAUAUUGAAAAAGAUAAAACAGAGAAAUCAUUAAAAGUUCAGUAUAUUUUUUAA